UUAUCAGUUCUCUAUGAGUGACCGAGCGAGUGAAGGAAAGAGUCAGAUCCAGUCGGACUUUAGGCGAGUGAACAUCUGAAGAGUGGAAGCUUCUCACCUCGGCAUCAUCAGCAGAUUACAGGACCUUACAAUUCUUCCGUGAUAUGCAGCUGUAGACAUAAUUAAGAGAUAAUGGCAAGUUUCCUUCACCACAAUGGGCAAAUGGGGACCUCGACCCUCUCAGCCAGUGAUGUGUUAAACACUGGAAUCAAAGGACCUGCAAUCAACGUAAAUCAAGAUGAAAAGAUCGUCGGUGCCACGAUUCACUUGGAUCACCUCAGUAAAGAUAAAGCGCUGGAAGUACUCAAGAUCAUUCAUACUUACGAUGAGAACCUUGAAAUUAAGACCAAAGCCAGUGCAAAUGCUGGAGUGAGAUUUGGUGAUUUAUUUUUGAAGGGUGACGCUCCAAAUCUUCAAGCCCCAUCAGCUGACAUCCAUGGGUUGAAUGGGAAUUUAAGUCUCCCAGGUGUCAAAGGUGGCCUCGCAGCUCCAUCUGUGAAUGGAGAACUCCCACAGAUGCAACUGAAGGGCUCUACACCGGAGCUGACCGUCGGGGACGGCGGCAAGUUCACGAUGCCAACAUUCGGCAUGACAGGGCCGAAACUUAAAGGUGCUAAUCUAGACGGCAGUGUGUCUUCUCCAACACUGAACUCUCCAGAACCAUCAUUUACAACUCCUAAAUUCACGAUGCCGAACUUUAAGGGUAGUUCCCCUGAUUUAGACCUCAAUACACCUGAUGUAGGUGUGAAUUUGCCAAAUGCUGAACUGAAAGGCCCAAAUCUUAAUGCAGAACUCCCAGAUGUUGACAUUGAUGGACCCUCUGGCAAAUUCAAAGUGCCCAAGGCAAGCUGGGGUCUCUCAAAGCCUAAAGUGAAAUCAACAGAUGCUGACCUUUCUGUACCAAAUCUCAAAGCUGACAUCAAGACCCCAGGUGUGGAUGUGAAUUUACCUGAUGCCGAGCUCAGCAGUCCUGAAUUUGGCAUUGAUACCCCAAAUCUUAACACUGACAGCCCAUCUGCUAAAUUUAAAUGGCCCAAAUUUAAGAAACCCAAAGGAAAAGUGAAAGGAAGUUUAGGGGGCAUUGAUGCAGAUGUGAAUACUCCAGAACUCAAUCUGUCAGCCCCCAAAAUGAAUGCAGACAUCAAUGCACCAAACAUGGAUGUAGACAUGAACCUGCCCAAAGCUAAACUUGAAGGGCCAACCAUAGAUGGCAAAGCACCAGAUCUCAAACUCUCUGCACCAAAAGUAAAAGGUGAUAUCGGUACACCAGAUUUAAACAUGAAAACUCCAGAUGCAGACCUGAAAGCUCCCAAAAUUGAUGCUGAAGUUCGACCCAUUAAAUUCAAGCUACCCAGACUGCCCAAAUUUACUGGUUCUGGUGCAAAAGUCAAAGGACCAGAUAUAGAUGCUGAUCUUAAUGUCCCAGAUGUUGAUGUCAAUGGAGAUGUGAACUUGAAAACUCCCACAAUUGAUGCCCCAUCAGCAAAACUAAAGAAGCCACAUGUUAAGCUACCUAAAUUUAGUCUCACUGGCCCAAAAGUAAAAACACCAAAUGUUGAUGCAAAUUUGCAAACACCAGAUGUGAACCUACCAUCAGGUGAGUUCAAAGGGCCUAAUCUGGACCUAAAAGCACCUAAGAUUGAUGGUUCUCUAGCCAGUCCAGAUAUAGAUUUGCCCAAAGCUGAGCUGAAGAAUCCAAAUCUUAACCUUCAUGCAAAAUCACCAGCGCUCAACCUCUCUGUUCCAGAUGUAGAUCUGAACGUACCAAAAGGAGAUAUCAAGGGCCCUAAUGUGGAUCUAAAUGCCCCAAGUGUUGAUGCACCUUCUGGAAAGCUUAAGAUGCCACACCUCAAGAUGCCCAAAUUUAACGUCUCUGGACCAAAGGUCAAAGGGCCAAAUGUUGAUGCAGACCUGAAUGCACCAGAUAUAGACAUGGAUCUACCUAAAGCAGAUCUCAAAGGACCUAAUCUUAACCUGAGUGCACCAAAUGUUGAUCUUUCUAGACCAGAUGUAGACCUGAGGUUGCCAAAGGGAAGUCUUCAAGGCCCUGAUGUAGAUCUGAACGUCCCAGAUGCCAACAUUGAUGCACCUUCUGGAAAGCUUAAGAUGCCACACCUCAAGAUGCCCAAAUUUAACGUCUCUGGACCAAAGGUCAAAGGGCCAAAUGUUGAUGCAGACCUGAAUGCACCAGAUAUAGACAUGGAUCUACCUAAAGCAGAUCUCAAAGGGCCUAAUCUUAACCUGAGUGCACCAAAUGUUGAUCUUUCUAGACCAGAUGUAGACCUGCGGUUGCCAAAGGGACGUCUUCAAGGCCCUGAUGUAGAUCUGAACGUCCCAGAUGCCAACAUUGAUGCACCUUCUGGAAAGCUUAAGAUGCCACACCUCAAGAUGCCCAAAUUUAACGUCUCUGGACCAAAGGUCAAAGGGCCAAAUGUUGAUGCAGACCUGAAUGCACCAGAUAUAGACAUGGAUCUACCUAAAGCAGAUCUCAAAGGACCUAAUCUUAACCUGAGUGCACCAAAUGUUGAUCUUUCUAGACCAGAUGUAGACCUGAGGUUGCCAAAGGGAAGUCUUCAAGGCCCUGAUGUAGAUCUGAACGUCCCAGAUGCCAACAUUGAUGCACCUUCUGGAAAGCUUAAGAUGCCACACCUCAAUAUGCCCAAAUUUAACGUCUCUGGACCAAAGGUCAACGAGCCUAACCUGAAUGCCAGUGGAGAUCUGAAUGUUUCUCUUCCUAAGAUUGAUGGAGAACUGAACACACCAGAUGUUGAUCUAAAUCUACCAAAGGCUAAAGUCAGUGCACCUGAUGUUGAUGUGAAAUUGCCCAAAGCUGAUGUUAAGGUUCCAGAUGUGGAUGUUAAAACUCCAGAAAUAGACGCCCCAUCUGGCAAGUUUAAAUUCUUCACUUUCAAAAAAUCCAAAAUUAGUGCAUCUACUCCUAAAGUAAAGUCACCAGAAGUUGAUGUCAACGCAUCAGUUAAAAAUCCAGACCUCAGUCUGUCAGCCCCAAAAAUUGAUGCAGAUAUUAAAGCUCCAGAUGCCAGUUUGAACUUGCCCACAGCUAAUCUCGAAGGUCCCAAUGUUGAUAUAGAUGCCCCUAAAGGAAAGCUCAAAUUUCCAACACUAAAACGAUUAAAUUUCUCUAGUCCAAAAGUAAAAUCUCCUAGUUUUGAUGAACCUGACCUGAGCAUGUCGGCCCCCAAAGUUGAGAGCCCUAACGUCGAUCUGAGUUUACCCAAAGGAGCGGUUGAUGUCGAAUCUCCCGAUCUCAAUGUCGAUGGGUCUAAGAGUAAAAUAAAGUGGCCGUUCAAACGCUCAAAUCACGGAUCCAUUGGAGCAACCUUAGAUACCGUCGAUGCAAACAUGGAUGACAGUGAGGUCAGUGCUAACGCGGAUGUGAAACUUCAAAAAAGUUUGCCCAUGUUCAAGACACACCGACUUCCCAACAGCAAAUUUGAUGAUCUGCAAGACGCUACUGAUGCUGUUGACUCUGUUGACCUGAACACCAACCCCAUUAAAACAGAAUCACCGUCUGCGACCUUCUCAGUUCCCACUGUUCCCAGGGUCAGAGCUGGGUGGAAAUCAUCCACAGGAACUCUCCAUUCCAACGCAAACUCACAAUCUAUAGACAUCAAAGAAAGACUACGGCUUUUCACAACACGUUCCAUGUACAAUCUCACGACGCCGUCUGAUCCAGCGAGCUCUGAACUCCCAGACACUCCUACAAAUGUGAGACAAGGAACAUUUAAAGUGAUAGAUCCUGACUCGGAAAAGGAUUAUCCGCUAGUGAACUCGACUGGCAAAAAAGAUAAACUUUCUCUGAGUCUUAACAACAUGCUCGGUUUGAACAACAGCUCAGAUGCAGAAAAUUAGCUGCAAGUCUAAAUUUUGACCAUUUUAUAAUAUUACAAAUUUAUUAUUAUUAUUAUUAUAUUUCUUUUGUUUACAUUACUGUUACGGGUGUCUUUUUUUUAUCACUAGACAUAAAUAUAAAGAAAUUGUUCACGGACUUUUACAGAAUUAUGUAAAAAAAAAAAAGUUUACGUUUACAUGGGUGAAGUUUAAUAUCUUGCCAUAUAAUUAUAAAACUUGUCAUUAUUUUGUAUAAAGUGUCGGUAGGUCAUUCACCGACAUGUCAAACACGAUAUAUUCACAAGAAUUAUUAUAUGAAGGAAAACAUUUACCAUUUUAUUUAGAAUAUAAACUACUGCAUGUGCAAUUAAAACUAAUAUAAAUACUGAAGAUCUUAAAUUACAUAAUACUUACAUCCUUUCCAUGUAAGUAUUACAUCAUAUUUUAUUUAUCAGUAUUGUUGCAAAUGGGAAAUAAACUGGUUAUUUACAAUGCUAUUAGAAACUGUAAGAAACUUCCCUCUUCUUUCACUGUAAAAUAUUUACAUGUAUACCACUGUGUAUUUUUUCAAUAAAUACAAAUUUUAACUUGAA